AUGUCUAAUUUAGUUAUUCCUAUUGUUAUUGACAAAAAAAAUAGAAGAUUACUCAAACCUUUUAAUAACCAUCCUGGACGAUAUGAUACACUAUCAGUUAUUAAACCAUCUAAAACUCCAGUACAGUGGGCUAUUCGGGUUAAAGUUCUUUUACAAGAGCUAGUCUCUGAGAGAAAGAGGAGCAUUUAUCAUACACAUGCUCUAUUUCUAGCAUUUGGUAAAGAAAGGGACCCAUCAAAUGCACAGCUUGCCUGGUUGAGUUUACCAAAUAAUAAUACUCCUAAAGAAGUGAAAUUUCUAGGUUUAACCCCUCACAAAGUGAAAAACCCAAUCUUUCUAGAUCAAAUUAAAAUGUGUCUUAAUAAGGAAUAUGGCAAAUAUAUAAAAAAAUAUAAUAGACUUCCAUAUAUUGCUGAAUUUAAAAUUAGUAGAUAUCAGGAAUAUAUUAUUCCAUACAAUUGGAUAGAUAGAAAGAAAAACCAAUUAUGGAAUAGAUUUUAA